AUGUUUGAACCCAUUCGGUGGUUCCAUCCCCUUUUCGAUGCAUUAUUUGGCUUUGACAUCCCUUUUACUUACCGGUGGCGGCUUCUUCUGCUUCAGCCAAUAUCCGUCUUGACAUGUGCAAUAAAAUGGGUGCCUUGGAUAUUCUCGCGCAGAUACUCUUCUAUCCAUAUACCAUUACGCCGUAGGCCAGGUCAAUCAGUGCGCGCCAUUGUGUUUUUGCCUCCAGAAGGGUCGAAAUCGACACUAGAAACAUCCAGAGCACUUCGGCCACUCCACCUUGACUUCCACGGCGGAGGAUUUAUUGGUGGAAACCCAGAGCAUGAUGCGGAAUUUUGCAGUGCGCUGUCAGAUGAACUGGGUGCCGUUGUCGUGUCAGCGACAUAUCAUUUCGCCCCGCGAUAUACCUUCCCAGUAGCUAAUGAAGAUGCCCAAGAUGUUGCUACUUUCCUCACUGAAAACGCAGAACACCUAUGGAAGGCUGAUCCACGAGUCCUCACUGUCAGCGGGUUUUCAGCGGGUGGAAACCUUGCCCUUGGUGUUGCCCAGGGGCUGGCUGGUACCGAUUAUAGCGUCAAAGGCUCUGUCACUUUCUACGCUCCAGUCAAUAUGUUCUUAUAUUCAAACCAGGUCGAUCUCCGGAAACCACCAACAGAGAAACCAGCACCCAUCGACAAGCCAGACCCACUGGAGGUCUUGAAACCAUUAUUUGAUGCGUACUCUGGCCCUGUUCGUACGACAAAUAUGGAAAAUCCGCUUAUGAAUCCAAUUCUGGCAGAUAUUAGUACGCUGCCGCCGAAGAUGGCCUUUGUUGUGCCAAAGAUAGAUAUCUUAUAUGAGGAACAGAUGUCAAUGAUUGAGAGAUUAAAGACAGAAACUGAGCAGCUGAAUACAACUGCCAGAACAGUUUCUACUGGAGCAGACUCAGAAUCCACCUUAGCGCAGCAAACUCAUAAUACACCAACUAAAAAAGAUGCCCACCAAAUUAGGCAUCUCGAGUUCUCCGAAGGAUUUCAUGGAUGGCUUGAAAUACCAGAAGCUGCCAUUGGAAAUACAGACAAGAAGAAAGCGUUCGCGUUUGCAUUUGAUUUCUUGAAGGAGGUCUACCAAAGCCAUGCGUAA